AUGGAUCAAUUACUGAAGGAGUUAAUCAAAGAUUGGUUAAAGAGAAGGAAAAUUUCAAAGGAAGAAGAUUUUAAUCAAGGGAUAUGGCAGGACAUGAAAGAUAUGUUCAAUGAAUUUAUAACACAUAUGAAUAAUCAAGAGGACCCUACCUUCGAAACGAUAUGCACGCAGGGCACACACACUAACGACAUUACGAAGGAACAAAUGCCAUUAUGCACGAACAUUGUGCGCGUCAUAUCUUAUAUGGAAGAGAGAUUAACUAGUGCAGAAAGGGAAGGAAGGGAACAAGAAACUGAGCGAGAAAUGAAACAGAAAAUGCGGUGUAUAAUAGGGAAAGUGAAUCUGAUGGCACUACAGGAGGAAUAUUGCAGGGCGCAGAGCAUGUGGGCAUAUAUAAUGAAAAUGGCAAAAACCCUGGCUGAGGCAUUUGAGGGACAAGGAGGGAGUAAGAGUAACCAGUGUCAUUCGUGGGAUAUACGUGGUUUAAGCCUCGGUGGAAGGGAUAUAGAACAAGAAAUUAGAACGUGGAUAUCGGAGAGUGCGCUUUACGACGGGAAAGGGCCUCUUGGGCAGUGUACGCAAGGACAGAGCGCUAGCGGCACGGUAAAACAUAGGACUACACAGGAGAUAAAAGUACGAAUAGUAGAACGCACGCAGCAAUUGCGCGAGAAAGUUCAGGAAAUUGUAACGAAGGUGCAGCACGAAACGGCAGACCUAAUACCUUCCACGGAACAAUCGAAUUCACACGGCAAGGAAUCCGUCGCUGCAGACCCAGCGGCUGCAGCAUCGCCGGCAACACCGAAGGAACCGGGAGGUAAGACCGAUGGGAGAAAGCACUAA